CUGACAUUGAAACAAAAAUGGUUUCCAAGGUUGUUGUCAUCUGCACCUUCGCUAUCAUGAUCCAGGCUAUCAGCGGCCAGACUUGCUACAGAGCUCUCGGUUCCUCAAGCGACUGCAAGUCUAUCGUGCUCUCCAACAGCGGCGGCGACCUGCUCAUCACCGCGCUCGGCCCUAUCACCCCGUCCGGCAUCGCCGUGGCCACGGAGCUCGGCCUGUCCGGCGACCUGGACCUGUCCGGCGCGCUGCCGUACCUGAGCGCCGUGGAGUUCCAGGGCCAGUUCGACACCAGCGGCUCCGCGCCGGUGGCGUACGGUUGCGGAGACUGCAUCGCCAUCACGAACGAGAUCGGCAACCCGACCGGCGUCAACGCCAACAUCAACUCUGGCUCCAAAGUCGUCAGCGUCUGCGGUUGUGGCAAAUACUAAGAACUCAGUUACUUUUUUUACAAAUAAAGUUUUUGUAUACAAGCUA